AUGCCCAUCCCCUCGUACUUCAGGGACCUGGUGCUCCCCGCCCCACGCACUGACGACCCAAAGAACUGGCCGAGAUCCAAAAAGAACGUCGUCGUCUUCAUCAUCGCCUACUGUGCCUUUGUCGGCCCCCUGGCCUCCAGUAUCUACAUGCCUGCGGUCCUUCAGGUCAAGCAGGACCUCAACACCACGUCCUCCCUCGUCUCUGCCACCCUGUCCAUCUAUGUCCUGUUCAUGGGGAUCAUGCCCGUCUUCUGGGCAUCGCUCUGCGAAUACUAUGGUCGACGACCCAUCUACCUCUCCUCCAUGCUGAUCUUCAUCCUCGGCUCGCUCUGCGCUGCCCUCUCAAAGAACAUCUGGGUCUUCUUUGUCAUGCGUGCCAUCCAGGCUUUCGGCUCCAGCUCUGUCUUGUCCGUUGGGGGCGGAUCCCUGAGCGACGUCUUUCAUAGCGGCGAACGUGGAUCUGCCUUUGGCCUGUUUUAUCUCGGACCAUUGGUCGCUCCCAUGAUCGGUCCCAUCAUUGGAGGCGUCCUCGCCGACAAAGCCGGGUGGAGGUAA